AACUGGUUCAGGGGAGGAUAAAAAAACACCAAUUUUAAGGGUGUAUGAGCAAAAAUUUGAAACAGGCAGCAACCAUACUGGAAAUCUGGUUUAUUGAGAAGAACGGCGUUAAAUUACUGGUAUAGUUAUGAAAAAAUAUUGGGAUAAUAGGAUUUGUACCUGUAAAUCCUAAACUCCUUUAUUCUGCAUUAUGUCGUGUAGGUGGUAAGAUUUCUUAUAAAAAAUGGUUACCGGAACUAUCGAUUCGGCUUAGUAGGAACACUUGCUCCGAAAACACGGACUUUUUUUAUGAAGACGACCCGGCCUCAAGUCAGAUGACUGGUUUACGUUAGCAGCCGUUUUAUUCAUUUGUGUUCUGUUCUGUCACCAAAAUCACGGGUCAGAAUUUUGAGAUAAAUUAAUGGAUGCUCUUGAACAGCAAAAAAUGUUGAUAGGUCUGCGUGUUAAGUUGUAUCUUGAUAACACUACAUAACCAAGUGUUCAAUGUACCUUUCGUGGCACAUAACCUCUUACCCCCAUCAGUCACUGCAGCUGAGGAAGUGCGUUAACCAAUUAACAGCGAGCGGUAGAACUGCAAUCGAGGGUGGGGACCCAAUCAUUGACUACAGCGGAAAGUUUGCUGUCGAUAAAAGUGAGCAGGAAUAGUUAAAAACGGUUUAUACGUGUUGGUUUCUAUUAAGAAUAAUUAGCAUUUGUGAGGGUGUGAUUAAAUAACCUCUGCGUAUACUCUACUUUUUUAAGAGAUGCAAUACUGUUUUAUGCGUUUACAGUUAAACAAAUAUAGCGGCGUAGGCUUUCCCUGGGAAUUAUUUAGUAACUGGUAGGACUUGGAGCAGAUUUUCACAGAAGCGUCUAAAGGGCUAAAAACAAAUCCUUUCGGGUUUCCAAGCCUGGAAACCAUGUAGAAUACUCUUGAUGGGGGACCGCUAUUACAACCGGACUUCCGGAAACGCCACAUCGAAAUCCGCACCCUCGGCAGCACUGAAGGCAUUUCCUGUCUUCUCGUCGACGAAAACAGCUCGUAGAAGCCAUAAAAUUUCUGAAAACUACCGCAGAUAGCCCAGAUCAGCAAAAAAACAGCAACCCUAUUAAUCCAAAGAGGCCUAAAGCAUUUCAAGAGAAGACAAAGGAUUACCAAGACCUCGAGCCACAGUAAUCAGCAAAUCCGACCUCAGGCAGCCUGUCAGUCCCAACGGAAAUUCAGUUCAAGUGUCAGAAGCAGAAUGCGAGUGAGCAUGUGCUACGGCAUUUUUGUCAUUUGGGAAAACAGUGCCACAGUGAAUGGGGCCAGCAAAAGAACUAUAACAAGAAGGGACAGUACAACAAGAAAAAAUGUUCAGCAAAAGGUCCCAUUUGUCUGUGUCAAGAACUGAACUAAUAAAGCCAAAUCAUAAAACAUCAGUCUUUGUGUAAAGCUCCAUUUGUGUAGCAGAAUGAGAUUCAGAAGACUUGUGUCACUGUGCAGGAUGCUGCUUUGUUUACUGACUUUGAUAACUGGGAUACUACUACUGUUUGUGAUCUUUAUAGAUGGGAACCUGUCCCCCACUGGCAUUGUCUCCAAUGAUAGAGAAAUGAAGGAGCUGAGAAUAAAGGCUGCAAAUUUGGACCUGGGCACCCUUACCCUUCAGGCUUCCAAGCACUAUCGUAUCUCCAAUCAUUCUGCUUGCGAAAGUACUGAUCCUUUCAUUGUUAACUUUGUCAUCAGUACACCCACAAGUAAACACACUAGGGAAGUCAUUCGAAGGACAUGGGCAAGUGUGAAGCGUGUAGGAAAGUACCCAGUCCUCACUCUCUUUGCACUUGGUGUGCCUAGUAAUCCAGAUGUCCUGAAAGCAUUAGAAAAAGAAUCCAAACAGUACAAGGACAUUUUACUUGGAAACUUUGUAGAUACAUACUACAACCUCACACUUAAGACACUUAUGAUCAUGCAGUGGUACAUCACCUUUUGUCCGCACGCCAGCUUUCUCCUUAAAGUGGAUGAAGAUGUGUUUGUGAAUACUAUAGCUAUGGUGGGCUACCUUGCCUCUCUGGGAAAGAACGAAAACCUGUACAUGGGAAGGAUCCACUGGCAUGCGAAACCUUUCAGGGAUCCUAAAAGCAAGUAUUUUGUUUCUGAAGCAGACUAUCCUAAUGACGCCUAUCCAACUUACUGCAGUGGGACAGCAUAUUUGCUUUCCAAAGACAUGGCAAGAAAAAUCUAUGUAACCGCACUAGAAACACCUUUAUUUGUGUUUGAGGAUGUUUAUGUUGGGAUUUGUGCCAAGAAGUUAGGAAUUCACCCAAAGAAUAGUGCCAGGAUGUCUGGUGCCAGUCGUUUCUAUUUUGACCGUUGUUGCUACAAGACAAUUUUCACAUCACAUCAGAUGUCACCAGAAGACCUAGGAAGACUAUGGGCAGCUGUAAAUGAUGGGGAAGACUGUUCACCACUGUCUAGUUUGUUUGGAAAUGUGAAAUGUAAGAUUCUGUCCUUCUUCAGUAUAUCUGAGACCAAGAAAUGAAAAAGGAAGAUACAGUGUACUUACUGUUAUACGAUAUGAUAUCUGACUCUGACACAGAAGCAAUUGCUUUUUCCGUGGUACAUGAAACUGUAAACUGUUACCUGAUUUUUGUGCCUGAGCAAUCAAAUGAAACCUCUACAGGGGUGGGUUUAUGUUAAUAAUAUGUUUGACAUAUGUGCAGCUCAGCUUCAGUAGUCUAAUUUACCUUUGUGAGUGGUAUAGUCCAUGCUGACCACGUCACCUAAUGCAAAAAUUCAUUUAAACUAAGAUUUAUGAAAUGUGGGGAAAUUCUCCUUUCUUUGAGUUUCAUUCAUCUUAGAGUUGAUUUAAGUAGGAUGUGUAGAGCCCCACCCCCCAUGUAAAACAGAAUUUGAAUUCUGCUUCAGAUUAUUAUUAUUUUUUUUUCAAAUCCAUGCUGAAUUUGAACUCAUCGGAGAGUACUAUAAGCAUUUCUCAGGUGUCAGAAUUAGUGUCCUUGAACACAAGUUGUACAAAUUUUAGAAAAUGUAUUAAGUUAAAAUGCUACAUUUGCCAUGUACCCUAACAAUAUUAUUUGCUUUCCUACAAGAUGAAAGCAGUCACAUGCUCAACUUUGAUAAGUUAUUCUCUUUCUAGCCUUUGUUUUGUAGUUAUAGAAGAUGUAGUUUUAAUAUUUUUGUUGAUUGCUGUGUAAACCUGUGGUUGUUCUUUAAAUUACAGUCUCUUGAAUACA